UACCACCAUUGUCAAGGCACAGAUUUUUUUCCAUCAUUACCAUGACAUAUACUUUUUCAUGCUCUCGUGGCUCAGACAGAGUUUAUUGAGACAGAUUCUUUCUGCCAGACAUUCUUCCUAUUACCAACCCUUGUUUGUUUCUGAGCAAGCUACAUUCUCAUAGUGGCAUAUGUCUUUGCAGGAUAUUUGAAAUAACUGACACUGAUUGUAUGACUGCAACACUCAUAUAUGUCUCCACAUGAUGUCAAGACAAGGAAUCACAAAACGCCGUUAUGUUCUUUAUCAAAUUAUCCACUUCCUUAAUUGACUUUGAAGGUUCAUGUUUGAAUAUCUCCUGAACUACUCCCAUGUCAAGUUGAUCGUACUUUUGCCUGCCAAUGAUAACCUCAAAUUGUCAAUGGCUUACCAGAAGUAGGUCAUUUGCUGUUUAUAUAAUACGUUAUCAUUCUUCUAUCAAGAACCCAGAAAAUUUAAUUUACAUUCUACCAGACACCAACCCAGAGAAGAUACCAUUUAUAAAUCAAUAUCAACAUAUCUUUGAUUUAUCAAAAUUCAACAUUCCAAACUUAAAACAGACUUCAGCCAAACUGCGCCGACCAGAACUAAAAGUAGAAGACUCUCGCCUAUUCUACACACCACAGUUGGCUCUUUCUUUUAAUAAUAAUACUAGGCAACUAGAUAUUCAGUAUUCAAUACUGAGAAAAAUAUUUGAGGUUAUUUCUUUAAUUUACCUUAAGAGUCCAUUGUUGUUGCUAGACAUUGGCUGUGGUACAGGUGUAAGUACCGAAAGUUUCACUUCAAACAAUUGCCAUUUUAUUGGCACUGACAUGAGUAUGUCAAUGCUAUCUAUGGCAGUGAAAAAGAAGUCUUUGAAGAGUUGUGAUUACCUCCAACUUGACCAUAGUCACAGACUUCCCUUUCGCCCAAAUUGUUUUGAUGUUGUCAUCAGUACUUCAUUUUUACAGUGGUUAUUAGUUACAAAAGAUUCAAAAUGCAUUUUAGGAAGAUUUUAUUCUUUUGUUUCUCACAUUUUAAAGCCCAAUGGACAUUUUUUGCUCCAGUUCUAUCCAAGGAACAUUUCAGAUAUUCAACUAGCCUUGACCUUAUCUGUAGAUGUUUUCCGAGGAGCCUUGUUCUCUUGCAGACCACACCCUAAACGAGGACUGAAACUUUUCUUAUUUCUCUAUAAAGAAGAUAAAUAAUAAACAUAUUUUUAAAACAUCAAAAA